CAUUACAUGUAUUAUCCGCGAUCCUUAUUGUUUACAACUAACAUUUGUCAAAAUGAGUAUGACAGAUAACUACGACGUUUAUGUUGGUGGAAAAUCAGGCAUUUUCAAAGGUGUAAAAAUAGAUAAAAAUGACUAUGUAACGAAAAAUAUACAGAACUUAAUUUCCAUAACGGAUAGUGAUGAGGUUACAUCAAUGUCUUGGGGCGAUGAUGAAGAAAGAGAAAUUUUAAUUGCUUGUGGUGUAAAAAGCGUCAGGAGUGUAAAAGUUUAUGACACAGGUUGUUCAAUGUUUACAUGUUCCUUCUUUUGCAAUAUUGGAACAGGAAAAAUUGCUGGAAUAUCACGAUAUGAUGAAGCAAUUCUGACUGCUGUUCAGUCAGGAGAGAUAAAGCUAUGGCGAUUUAAGGAAGAAGAUGGAUUUAUAAUAAAUGCUGGUCAAAAUUUGGAUAAAAUGUGUCAUUCAAAAACAAACAAACAUUUCAUAGCUACUGGAGGUCAAGAACACAUGUUAAAACUAUUUGAUAUAGAAAAACAAAUCCCAAUAUUUAUGGAGAAAAAUUUACCUCAUGAUUGGUUACAAUUAAGAGUGCCUGUUUGGAUUUCUGAUAUAGAGUUUUUUCCUAAUACAGAACAAAUUGUUACAGUUAGCAAAUAUGGACAUGUACGUUUAUAUGAUCCAAAAACACAAAGGAGGCCUGUUAUAAAUAUUGAAAUAAAAAAUGAGGCUUUGACAACUUUAGGUGUCACACCACGAGAAAAGCAAAUUAUAAUAGGUUCUGGUAAAGGUAGAAUGAAUCUUGUAGAUUUAAGAAAUCCAGCUAAAGUAUUAAAUACAUAUAAAGGAUUUGUUGGAAGUGUAACUGGAAUAGCUUGUAGUAAAAACGAACCUUACAUUGUCAGUGUCAGUUUAGAUAGAUUUUUACGAAUACAUCAUAUUGAUACAAAAAAAUUAUUAAAGAAGAUUUAUUUAACGUCGAAAAUAUCGUGUAUGUUAUUACGUUCGGAGUCUUCAUUGUUAAUAGAUAACAAGAUUAAUGAGGAAAAUACACAAACGGACAGUAAUAAAAUUACUGAAAACUCUGAAGUAGAAAAGGGAAAAAGUAUACAAAACAAUUUAGAUAAUGAUCCGGAAUAUGACACGUUAUUUGAAGAAAUGGAAGUAGUCAGCAAUAAAGAAGAUAAAAAAGUAAUUGAAGAAAAACAAAAAAAAAUAAAUACACGUUCAGUGUUAAAUAAUAAAAUUGUUCCGCAAAAAAAAGUAUUAAGGAAAAAUGGAAAGCCAGAAAACUCUUAUAAAAAAAUAAAAAAAAUGAAAAAAUACAAUUGA